GGCGCACUUUACACACUUUCAUAACUCAUCAAAAUGGCGACCAACAGUGGAGGACCGGUUUCUGAAAAACCACCCGAAGUUAUGAAGCGAGUUGACCUGAAACAAGACACUCUAAGUGCCAAAGAUCGGGCAUACAUGGAGAAGAUGUCAAAGGCUCAUAUGGAAAGCUUCCAGAAGGUUUCUAGGGCUAGUUAUCUGAGGAGGAAUAUAUUCGUUGCCCUGUGUCUCGGAGCUGGUACGCUCGGCGUGUAUGGUUACUCUAUCUAUGCCGUCUCCCAAGAAGCUUUUCUUGAAGACUUUGACGACCCCAACAAGCCGAAAGAGUUGUGAUAGAUAACAACGAGCCAGGUCCAGGGUCAUCAUUGAAAAAAGCGAAAUGCCAACGCAACUGCUGACCUUAUGCCAUGGAUUUACUAUUAAGAACUUCUGCAUUGUGACGCACAUCAAGCCCAACGCUGCCCUCUUGUGAUGGGAUAACUUUCCACGUCUUGAAAAAUGUACCAGGAAAGAAAAAUGUGUGACUUUGUAUAAAUCCAUCCACCUGAUGAGUACAUGGACUCUAAUUAAUGAUUUCUUAAGUUUAUAUUUUAGGGCCUCAAGCUAAAAUUAAUGUGCUGGCGAGUGGUGAUUUAACUGCUAAAAUGUGGGCCUCGGCAGUUAAGGGUUGUGUAUAUGAAGUAGAUUGUCACCAACAGUUCGUUGGGAAUGGUUGCUGUUUGGUGUGCACAGGGUUUGGAGUUUUAAUCCACUUCUCUCAAAAAUUAUGAAGAAUCGUUGAUAUUGUCAGUGUGUCAAAUGGUUCACUCCCACCUAAUGAUACCGGUACACUUCCAGGGCCCAAUUUCAUAGAGCUGCUUUUAAGGCACCAAAUUUUGCUUAAGCAAAAAAAUCAGAUUACCGGCCA